AUGAAACUCUUGUCCAUCUUCGCGCUCCUCUCGACCGUUUGGGUGGUGUCGGCAUCGCCGGUGUCGCAGCCCGACUUCGCCUACGCACUGACCACAGACGAGGCCGCGGUCACCUGCAACUGCCAAGGCUCAAAAACUUGGUGGGGGCGGGAAUAUCCGGUCUUCAAGGGUGCCACCUAUACUGGUGCCAAGCCUCCCGGACCAGACCGCGUGAUUUACCAGACAAACGGCGGACAAUUUUGCGGCAAGUGCUGCGUCACUCACACGAAUGCUGGAGGCAACGCUUUCCUGAAGUGCACGUAA